AUGGCUGCAGGUUGGGCCGACCUCCCUGGACAAUUUUUCGAUACAGUGAUCGCAUCAGAAACAAUUUACAACACAAGCAACUACGAGGCUUUCCAUUUGGCGAUUGAUCAUUCACUGAAGGAAGAUGGUGUUGCGUUGAUGAAUCGGCAUCAUUCUGUUCAAGCGGCACCAGUGAUCAUCAAUUACUAUCCCCACAUCACCGAUCUCACUCCAAUGAUCAUUUUAUCCUCUCUCGACUCGUUGACCUAUUUCUCUGAACAAGGAUUCCUUAUGGCCAUUGCCACUAAUCGAUUGUUACACAUGUGUACAAGACUACGGGAUGACUUUAUUUACCGAGUUACGAUCAUUCAACUCUGCGGCACUCUUCCUUCUUGGUUUCUCGCUGGUAUCUACUUUCUUGUGAUCAUUCGAAUAGUAUUCAUCAAGAGGGAUUUCUCCAUGCAACUGUCUCUGGUA